AAAAUCGAUUAUUUCGAAUAUUAGUCCAAUCGAAGAGUGGUGAAUGGAGCAGUCUAACGGUCAUAAGUUGUAUGUCGUGUUGGAUCAAACAUUCGUGUGUUUCGAUAUUGAUCAACCAAAAAAUGCGUGUCAAAAGUUGAAAUUGAAUAGUUUAGCUGGUGUUGGACCAAUUUAUUGGAGAUUUCUGGUAUUUAAGCUCAGGUGUGAGCAGCCUCUGGAAUAUCUGAAUUUUUUCAAGACAAAUGCUCCAACUCGAUAUUUCAUAACCCCAAAUCAGGCUGUUUUGCGUGACGAUGAGCCGAUUGAAGUGUGUAUCACACUUUAUCAGAACAAGUUCCGACCGAGACAUGAAAUCGUGCUUCAAGCUGCAUCAAUUCCAGAAUGUGGAGAUUUCGACCCGAAAAAACUCUUCGAUUCUCCGGAAAAUGUCCAAUCCAUCUCCCUGGAUCUCGGCACAACCAUCAUGAAAAUCGAGUCGGCAGUGGAGAUUUCAAAGACGGCAACCGAUUUUCAUACGGCUCUCGACGCGUCUUCAGUGAUUGGUUCGGAUCGUGUGGAUCAGCUUAAGUCGAUUCUAAACCUGACGAAAAGUGACACAGCACUGCUUGAAUCUAAUAUAACUCAGGCAAAACAGCUGAAAAUCACUUUGGAUGCACAAUUGCAACAAAGAAAAGCUCUGGUCGAUGAGUACAAGUCGAAACUGACAGUGCUGGAAGGAAGUUACAUGCGCAAAAGUGCAGAGGUUCAACGUCUCCAAAACGAGCUUCAAAAUGCUCAGAAGGCUCAUGCAAUGAAAGCCACCACUGCUCCAAAUGAGAAAAAUCAAGCAAAUUGCUCAAUUUCUUGAAUAAAACGAAUAAACUUUCAAAUUGAAA